UGUAACACCCACACUCCCCCAUGUCUGUUAGCAUGUCGGUGUGGAACCUCCUCAGAUGUCUGUUUGCCUGAGCAUGUGAUGGAUUGCGGGCAUCUCGGAUGUCGGCCCGGGUGGAGCGGUCCCACGUGUCAGAAAGAAAAUAUUGUGUACAAAGCCGGAACAGUGGAAUCGAGUAGUGAAUUAUCAGCGUCUAACAGUGACAACCUGGCCUUUGACGGGAAUCUGGCCUCUGUAUUUCGUUCUGAUAUAGAGGCUAACCCGCACGUGACAGUAAGAGCAACGGGGUACCCAUAUGUCAUACACACCAUUAAGAUAUACAAUGGAGCUACAGACCUAAAUGACCUAUCCGGUUUCGAGAUCUACGUUAGCGAGUCGUCUGAUUUCAUUAACUCCAAACUGUGCUACAGAGAUAACACGGCUAUUGGAAAAUCACAGUACGUCAUCAACUGUACACAGCCUUUGACUGGUCCUUACAUCAAACUGCUCGUCCCCAAGAACACGAGCCUUGCCAUCCGCGAUAUGGAAGUAUACAGAUGUGGAGAAUACUGGUUCGGAAUCGAGUGUGAUCGUCUGUGUAACUGUCGGUAUGCUCCCACAUGGUGUAACGGGGUAACAGGGGCGUGCCCGUACGGAUGCCCGGAUGGACGCAACGGAACUGACUGUUAUUCAGAAUGUUCAGCAGGUAGAUUUGGUGAAGAAUGCCAGGGUAUCUGUCACUGUAAAAACAUUGCAUCGUGUGACAUAGUGGAUGGGACUUGUGACGACCAGGGUUGUGCUGCCGGGUUCAAGGGAGACAACUGUCAGCAAGCCUGCAGUUAUGGAGAGUUUGGAGAACACUGUGAAGGGAAGUGUCACUGUAAGUGGGGCGUCGAUUGCAACAAGGAGACUGGACAGUGUGUGGGAGAUUGUCAAGCGGGAUUCAAAGGAGACAAUUGUCAGGAAGAUUGCCAGAUCGGAAACUAUGGGACGAACUGUGCAGGAGUUUGUCACUGCAAGAACUUGACGUCGUGUAACAAAGUGGACGGAAGAUGUGAUGCACUGGGCUGUGAAGCAGGGUACAUGGGAUCAUAUUGUAACACAGAAUGUUCAGCUGGACGGUUCGGAGAAAAUUGUGAGUACAGUUGUCACUGUGAAAACAUAGCCUCAUGUAACCAUGCCAACGGAUCAUGUGACUCACAGGGAUGCGCUGAUGGAUUUAAAGGAGACAGCUGCCAAGAAGAAUGCGAGACCGGAAGUUACGGGAGGAACUGUGAAAGAAUUUGUCACUGUAAGAACUCGGCGUCGUGUAACAAGGUGUACGGAUGGUGUGACACACUGGGCUGUGAGGCGGGAUACCACGGGUUUUUGUGUGAUAGAGAAUGUUCGACCGGCUGGUUCGGAGAGCAAUGUCAGUACAGAUGUCACUGUAAGAAAGCCAUCUCGUGUAACCACGUCAAUGGGACAUGUGAUGAAGGUGGCUGCGCUACUGGAUACAAGGGAGAUAAUUGUCAAGAAGAGACGGCUAGUAUCGAAGGUAGGCCUAAAUACAACGAAGCUUCAUCCAAAGGUCUUCUGGUCGGUGUGUGUGUGCUGGCGGGGAUUUCCUUCGUCGUAACGUUGUAUGCUGCUAUCGCCACUGUCAAGGGACGCGGCUGGUAUAUAAGACUUCAGCAAGAGGUCAGGUCACGUUAUGGUUCCGCCCAGGUGCCACGAGGAGAAAGAAGCUCGGAGAUCUACGAAAACAUUCACUAGGAUCAGACGAAUUUUAUUGCUGAUCUGAACCGGCGACUCCGAUCUACACUGAAGUGUACAUUUAGUAAUUUGAUAAAAUUGUGACAUAAUUACAGGCCUCUGUGAACAAGCCAUUGCUGAGGAAUUUGUGCACUAUAAUCAUUUAUUAACCAGAUUAUCUAUUUGAUGAAUUGUACCAUUGAGAUACUAAAGCUUUUAUCUUGGGUGUGUGCACACUAUAUGUGUAUACACAUAUAUAACCAAUGGAUUGACUACACUGUUUGUCACCCAAUGGUUACUUUUUCAUUGUAAAGAAAACAUAUACUCUGCUUUACCCACGUAAGAAACCGAGGGCCUUUCUUGUGGGCUGUCUUACGCAGAGGUCGCAAACUACGCUUAGCAUAAUUUCCAUGACAACGAACAGUGAAGACAGCUCGUCCACAGAUCAGUUUUGCAGAAAAUAUAAAGAAGGUAACUCUGAAUACUGAAGUCUUAUUAUCGUUCUAUAUUCCGGCUAGCCUGGUUGUGCCACAAUCCAGAAAUCAUAUAUCAGUUGCCAAAAUAUAAUGGGAUAUUGGACUACAUCUCCACAAAACAAUAGUAGCAUGACGACUAUACCUAAAUAUUGUCCUCUUCCUUCAAUUUUAUACAGUUAAGAAACAAGUUACCAUGCAAAAUUGUCUUCACAUCCAUGAGCACGUUUUCCAAAGCUGACGCAACUGUAGGUCAGCGCAUUCACCAUAGUGGUGAAUCUCUUUAAUAAAUGUUGUCAUAGAAGUUACGCCAGGUACAAAUUAUGAUUGCUUUGUAAAACGGUAUCCUUUAACAAAGUUUCAUAGGAGACAUGUACUGCCUCAAUGUAUAAACAGUGAUCAUUUGGCACUGUACCAGUCAGUGUUGUACGUAUAUGUGCAGAAAUUACGGAAGGAAUGAAAAUGUUUUUUAAUCAGUUUUAUUG